AUGGAAGAAGAGAAAAAUGAACUUUUAGAGCUAAGCAGUGCAGAGAAAGGGUUUUGUUCGAGUAAAAGUCUUGGUUCUGAAAAGUUGGAAUUAACAGUUGAUCAAGUGAUAGAAGAAUAUGUGGGAUCAUUUGGAUUUUCACAGUUGUUGCACGUGUUCUUGGUAUCAUUGGCAUGGAUUUUUGAUGCCCAGAGUACUUUAGUCACUAUUUUCGCUGAUGCUCAGCCAGAUGGAUGGAGAUGCAUUAGCUCAUCAUCAUCAUCAUCUUGUAGACUCACAAAUAUCAGUUCUGGAGAUGCUGCUUCAGUUUGCGGAUUGAAGCCUGGAACCUGGGAAUGGAUGGGUGGUAAUACAAGUUCAACCAUUGCUGAGUGGGGAUUGAUUUGUGACCGUAAAUUUCUUGCUGCGAUGCCAGCUUCAUUCUACUUUCUCGGAUCUCUCGUUGGUGCUUCUGUCUAUGGAUACCUAGCUGAUGCAUUCUUGGGAAGGAAAAGAGCUGUGCUCAUCUCAUGCCUCCUAACUUCGAUAACCAUUUUUCUCACCUCUCUCUCGCCAAAUAUAUGGCUUUAUUCACUCCUCCGGUUUGCAAAUGGCUUUUCUCGGUCAGGCAUUGGCAUAUGUAGCCUUGUACUAACAACAGAAGUUGUCGGUGUCAAAUGGCGCGGUCAAGCUGGCCAAUAUGGCUUCUUUUUCUUCGCGGUGGGCUUUGUUUCAAUUCCCCUAAUUGCAUAUCCCAGCAGGAAUUCUUGGAGAAGUUUAUACAAGAUUAUCUCAUUUCUGCCCCUUGUCUACUCCAUUUUUGUACUACUACCAUUUGUAUCAGAAUCUCCACGAUGGCUUCUCGUUCGAGGAAGAAGCAAAGAAGCUCUAGAUGUAUUAAGAAGAUAUGCAAGGCUCAAUGGGAGAAAAAUACCUCCCAAUCUGUGCAUAUCAGAACCAUCUGUUGCUACUCAAGAGACUAGUAAAGGGGAAGAAGUCUUGCAAGAAAGGACUCUGUGGAACACAAAAUGGGCUGCCAAAAGGAUGGCUUUGGUUAUGAUGACAGGCUUUGGGAUUGGAUUUGUUUAUUUUGGAGUUCAACUCAAUGUUGAGAACCUAAACUUCAAUUUAUACUUUGCAGUUGCAGCAAAUGCAAUGAUGGAGAUUUCAGCAGUAUUCAUUGGUGGUGUGCUCCUGAGCGUGGCUAAGCGCCGGCUAAUAUUUUCGCAAUUAGCUUUCAUUGCUGGACUUUCAAGCAUUCUUUGCAUACUAUUUUCAGGUGGGAAACAAGGAAUUCUGGAUAAAUCAGGAGGAAGCUGGCCAGAAUUUGCUCUUGAAGCAAUAGAAUUCAUGGCUGCAUCAACUGCAUUUAAUGUCUUGUUUGUUUACACUCUGGAACUUUUCCCUACAAAUGUGAGAAGCUUUGCUGUUUCUGUGCUAAGACAAGCCAUGGUGUUAGGGGCCUCCAUUGCUCCUCUGCUGGUGGCUGUGGGCAGAUACAGCCCAGCUCUCGCCUUCCUUAUAUUCGGGGCGCUGUCCAUUUUCAGUGGAUUGAUGAUUUUGUGGCUGCCGGAGACCAGAAACUCCCCUUUGUAUGAGACGCUGGAGCAACAAGACCAAGAGGGGCAGCUCAAUUCUGCUCCAAAUCACUUGGAAACUGAGCUCAGCAAAUGA